GUGCGCUCCUGUUCUCGCUCCCCCCCGAGCCCCUCCCGCCCAUCGCCGUGGUUCCGCGGGCGCCCGCGGUUCCCCGUCUCUCUCUCCGGUCUCCCUACGAGUCUUGCCCUGCGCGGGGUGUCCCGGAAGGAACCAGUCUCUGAAGGAACCGUGGCCUCUCUGGCAAGAAGGUGACAAGGCAAAAGCAAUAUCUUCACCAUCCGUAGGGACAACUUUGUUGUUGGAGAUCUCACCAGCAUUAAACCCUAUGAACUAUGGAAGAUUCUAAUUAGCCCAGCAUGGUGGGAUGCUCCUGCAUGAGUUCUUGUUUUACCUCUGGCCUUUUGUAUUUUCCCGUAAGUUUUCAUGGAUUUAGAGACUCAAGCUACGUUUUAAGGUAGCUUUUUUGCUGUAGCACAACGGGAUUGCAUCCUGUCAGCGCAAUCUUGGCUCAGCCAGGAAGUGUAUCCAGCCUGCAUGGACAGGGCAACGUUCGCCUGUUCCACUGCUUUUUAUCGUGACCACAACAGUUCAUCUCAGGGUGCAUUCUGCCUCCCCGGAGGACACGUUGACUUUAUUGACAAAGUAGAUUCAUUCACUUACUCAGACUUUUUCCGGGAUUAUUUGAUUCCCAACCAUCCCUGUAUUUUCUCAGCUAAAUUCACUGAAGACUGGGGCAGCAGGAGAAACUGGGUUACUUGGGAUGGAAAGCCUGACUUUGAUUAUCUGCUGCAGAAGUUUGGAGAGGCUGUAGUACCUGUUGCCAACUGUGACGUCAAAGAGUACAAUUCUAACCCGAAGGAGCAGCUCCCCUUCAAGGAGUAUGUAAAAUACUGGAAAGAGUACAUUAGAAAUGGCUAUCGUUCAUCCCGAGGGUGCCUUUAUCUAAAGGACUGGCACCUGAGCAGAGCUUUCCCUGAGCAAGAUGUUUACACAACCCCUGUGUAUUUCUCAUCUGACUGGCUGAAUGAAUACUGGGAUGCUAUAGCUGUGGAUGAUUACCGGUUUGUCUACAUGGGACCUAAAGGUUCAUGGACUCCAUUCCAUGCCGAUGUCUUCCGUUCCUAUAGCUGGUCAGCCAAUAUAUGUGGGAGAAAGAAAUGGCUCUUGUACCCUGCAGGACAGGAGGAAUACCUGAAAGACUGCCAUGGCAACUUACCCUUUGACGUGACUGCACCUACUCUUCAGGACAAGAGUGUUUACCCUCGCUACAACCAAAGUCAACCCCCUGUUGAAAUUGUGCAGGAAGCAGGGGAGAUAGUCUUCAUCCCCAGUGGAUGGCAUCAUCAGGUUUACAAUCUGGAGGAUACAAUUUCCAUUAACCACAACUGGGUGAAUGGCUGCAACGUGGCUAUAAUGUGGUGUUUCCUGCAGGAUGAAUUAGCAGCUGUCCAGCGGGAAAUCAAUGAAUGGAAGGACCCUAUGGAUGAUUGGCAUCUACAAUGCCAGUUGAUCAUGAAGUCUUGCACGGGUAUAGACUACAAGGAGUUCUACAACUUCCUUAAAGUUAUUGCAGAAAACAGGAUUUCUGUCUUGGAAAACGGCCUCGAUGAUGAAGCUUCGGCAAAGAACACUCCAAAAGCUGCAAUUUCCACCUUGGGCAUGCUCCAUGCAGUCUUUGAUUUAAAGAGGACUGUGAAGGUGUUAACUUCAUUGAGUGCUAAUGAAGAUUUCAAGAAACUAGACCUGACGUCACUUUCUCCACCUCCGGAGGCAUUACUCCACCACUUGAAAGCAGCAAUAGAUACAGCACUACUCUAACUUCCUAUUUAUUCAGUUCUUUGUAAAAUGAAUCUUUUGCAAAAUGGGUGCUUGUAGAAGACUCCUCCCUGUUUAAUAGCUGUUGCAGUUUAAGUACAAAGAGCCUUAAUAUAGGGUGGGGAGAGAGUACAUUCAUAAGAUGAUGUUUAAUUUGACAGCAUUUUAGUACUUAGAGUAACUGGACAGGAAAAAACUCAGAUAAAGCAAAACCCAGAUCACGUUAGUAUUAUAUUGUGGUUCCCUGCAUUCAGGGAGGGGCAACAGAAAUUCUGUGUGGAUCAAGCUUAGCUCUGUCAGGGCUAAAUAUUGAGAUUACAGUGGUCUGCACCCUCUUCCCUCUGCUUCUGAGAGCACUGUAUACAAGUGGCAAACCUGCACUGCAGGCUUCAGCCAUUAAGCGCUGCUUUGUCUGAUCACACCUAAAAUUGCUUUAAGACCUGUCUUCCUUCCAGGUGCAGUUCAGUCUUUUAAACAUUAGAGGACCCUAGUUAAUGAGCUUCCCUUGAAGCCUGAGCUGGUUCAACAGCUGUAGUCUGGAUAUGGAAGAGCUGACUGUAUUUUCCUUUACAAGUGGCAUCUCCCUAACGCUGAAAGUUGUGAGUAGGUUCAACCUUCAUACAGCUGCAGGGCCUGCAGGAUUAAAUUUAACAUAUCAGGAAGCUGCUGUCCUGAUAGCAAGUCUGCCACUGAUAAUUUAAGCACGUGAUCCACAUCAAAAGGAAGAACUUGACUGUACUCUCACUUUUAUACACACUAUUUCAAGGCACAGUAUUUUAUCAAGCAGAGAUCUGAUUAAUCAGGGAAGCUAGCAAGUAGCCUCAUAUUGUCUCCUUAAAAAAAGCCAUGCUGUUAGCACACCAAAUAAAAGAGCACUACUGCAUGGUUAAUAGCACAACUUUCAACCUAGAUACUACCCUCGGGCUAAGAGUAUUUCUAGUGAAGUAGCCCUCUUGCUUUUACUGGUUGAUGAGAAAGCCUAGAAGCACAAAUGGC